GGGCUGGGGUUGAAAGAAGGGGCGGCUUUGUUCACGGACCUGGUGUUUAGCUUGGGCUGACCGAUUUUUCGUUGUGGUGGGCACCUAGAUUUAGUGGGAGCGGAGAUCUGCUGAGUAUGCUUUUGAAUUCUUGUCGGUCACUCCUAUGGCUGCUGAUCGCCUUUUUCCUUUCCCUGAUGCCUUUGGCUUCUUCUUUAAACCUCAGGUCAUGGCACGACUGUUGUACAUGGGAAACAUACCUUUUCUAUUUGGUUGAUCCUUCUCACUUCUUCUCACAUAUUGUUGGCGGAGCUCCUGCCAUCGGCUCGAAAAAAAAAACAAAUUCUUGGUAACUGAGAUGGAGUUCAGUGCUGACCGGUAUACUGGAUAGUCGUUUGAUACAUGUGGUGUGGCUCAUAUUAGCGAUGCUUGUUUGAGUAGCGGCCAAGUUUGAUGUUCCUAUGUGCAACCUUGUGUCAAAUCCCUUUGUGACUUAACACUGGCUGUUUAAGCAUUUGAAUGCUUAUUGUUUGUCCAGUUUGCGGCAUUUUUUUGAGGGUGCAUUGAUAUCUGCUUGGUCAGGAAAGAAAGAAAAGAGGACUGUGCGCUGAUGUUUGAGAUUGUUGAAGUCUGAUCUUUUGUGAUUGCUUCAAUUUGUUUAUCCUCUGUAGGCUAUAGCAAUUGCCAAAUUAUAAUUCCUUGGUCUUUGCUAGGAAUGCAAGUGGGCUUGUCCGGGAGUCCACACAUAGGCACACAUAGGCAAAAAAAAUGGCCUAUUUGUGGACAAUCCCGCUUGCGUGCCUAGCCUUUGCUGUGGUCUCAUUGUUACCAAGUUGGGGUACAAAUGCUGGAAUCAGCUCCUAACCAGGAAGAGUUUGACACUCAUGACCCUAAGGAGAACAGUUUGCUACUCCCUUACUUGAGGAAAAGGUCAAAAAUCAUUGAGAUAGUUGCCGCGCGUGAUAUAGUCUUUGCACUAUCACAGUCAGGAGUAUGUGCUGCUUUUAGUAGAGAGACAAAUGAGAGAAUAUGCUUUCUGAACGGAAGCCCUGAUGAAGUUAUUCGCAGUUUAUUUUACAACAAGAAUAAUGAUUCACUCAUUACUGUGUCAGUAUAUGGUUCUGAAAAUUUCAGUGCUCUGCGGUGCAGAACAACUCGAAUAGAGUACAUUCGGCGUGGACAACCAGAUGCUGGUUUCCCUCUUUUCGAGACUGAGUCCUUGAAAUGGCCUGGAUUUGUGGAGUUUGAUGAUGUCAAUGGAAAGGUUUUAACUUACUCUGCUCAAGACAGCACAUACAAGGUGUUUGAUUUGAAAAACUACACAUUGCUGUAUUCGGUAUCUGAUCAGAAUGUCCAAGAAAUAAAGAUCAGCCCUGGGAUAAUGCUAUUGAUUUAUAUAAGAACAAGCAGCUCUGUUCCUCUGAAGAUUCUUUCCAUUGAGGAUGGUACAGUCUUGAAGUCCUUCACUCAUCUACUCCAUCGUAACAAGAAGGUUGAUUUCAUUGAGCAGUUCAAUGAAAAGCUUCUGGUCAAGCAGGACGGAGAGAAUCUUCAAAUUCUUGAUGUAAGGAAUUUCCAAUUGACAGAAGUCAGCAGGACUGAGUUUAUGACUCCAUCUGCCUUUAUUUUUCUGUAUGAGCUGCAACUGUUCUUGACUUUCCGGAAUCGAUCGGUAGCAGUUUGGAACUUUCGAGGUGAACUGGUCACAUCAUUUGAAGAUCACCUGUUGUGGCACCCUGACUGCAACACGAACAACAUAUACAUAACAAGUGAUCAAGAUCUUAUUAUUUCGUACUGCAAGGCUGAUUCCACUGAUUCUUCUUCAGAAGAAAAUGCUGGCUCAAUAAACAUAAGCAGCAUACUGACAGGAAAAUGCUUGGCAAAAAUAAACCCUGGAAAUGGAAAUUCAUGCAAGCAAAAGAAAGCAUGGAAGUUCCAGAAUACAGUAUCUGAGGCCCUUGAGGACAUCACAGCUCUGUACUUCGAUGAAGAGCAUGAUGAGAUCUACACUGGCAACCAGCAUGGCCUUGUUCAUGUGUGGUCGAACUGAAAGCUGAAAGCUUUCACCUGCAGCAUGGUGCUCUUCAGCUUCACCUGUAUGUGUAUUAACAGCCAGUACCUCAUGUGGUGGGGCUAUGAAGAGGAACCCCCAGCUCCCAGGGCCCAGGUACCUAGAGAUGCUUCAUUUUUUUGAGGCGAUUCUUAUUUAUCCCUGCCUGCCAAUAGUUCUCCAUCCAUCCAGAACCCCCUCAGAUUUGUUGUAGAAUUGACACUCAACAGCGUUUUCACCUUAGCCUGUAGCUUUUGGAAAUGUUGAUCAUGCCCCUCAACUCAGUCCCAGAGUGAGUUCAAGUGUAACGGAUGUACCUUGCUCGUAACGAAAUUUAUUCGUUGAGUUCUCAUCCGUUGAAAUGCUUCCA